GUCCGGUCACCGGUGUGUACGUGUGGCUGCUCUCCCACUGCAGUCGCCUCCUCUUCGGGCCACAUUGCGGAUCACACGGGUGCUCAUUGGGGGUCAAAAAUGGUGAAAAUAACGACAGUGAAGACCAAGCCGUACGCGGACCAGAAGCCCGGGACGAGCGGUCUGAGGAAGAGGGUGACGGUGUUUCAACAGAACCAGCACUAUGCGGAAAACUUCAUCCAGAGCAUUAUCUCUGUCAUCGAGCCUGCCGAGCGCCAGGCUGCCACUGUGGUGGUGGGAGGAGAUGGGAGGUUUUUCAUGAAAGACGCGAUUCAGUUGAUCGUUCAGAUUGCUGCUGCCAACGGGAUUGGUCAUCUGGUGAUUGGUCAGAAUGGCAUCAUGUCCACCCCAGCAGUCUCCUGUGUGAUCCGCAAGAUAAAGGCAGUUGGUGGCAUUAUCCUCACAGCCAGCCACAACCCCGGAGGCCCCAAUGGAGACUUUGGCAUUAAGUACAACAUCUCCAGUGGAGGUCCCGCUCCAGAGGGUAUCACAAACAAAAUAUUUGAGAUCAGCAAAAGCCUGCAGGAGUAUCACAUCUGUCCAGAACUGAAAGUGGAUCUGUCCAAAAUUGGCAAACAGACCUUUGAAGUGGACACUUUCAAGCCCUUCACAGUGGAGAUUGUGGACUCUGUGGAGGCCUAUGCUGAGAUGCUAAGGGGCAUCUUUGACUUUGCGGCACUGAAGGAGCUUCUCUCUGGAGCCAAUCACAUUAAUGUCCGCCUGGAUGCUAUGCACGGAGUGGUUGGUCCUUAUGUGAAGAAAAUAGUCUGUGAAGAGCUGGGUUCUCCUGCCAACUCUGCAGUCAACUGUGUCCCCCAGGAGGACUUUGGGGGCCACCACCCUGACCCCAACUUGACCUACGCUGCCGACCUGGUCAACGCCAUGAAAGGAGGAGAAUAUGACGUUGGAGCUGCCUUUGAUGGUGAUGGUGACCGUAACAUGGUGCUGGGUAAACACGGCUUUUUCGUGAACCCCUCAGACUCAGUGGCUGUCAUCGCUGCCAACAUUACCAGCAUCCCUUACUUCCAGAAGACUGGUGUCAAAGGACUGGCCCGCAGUAUGCCCACCAGUGGAGCCCUGGACAAUGUGGCUAAAGCUCUGCAGAUGCAGCUGUACGAGACUCCAACUGGCUGGAAGUUCUUUGGAAAUCUGAUGGAUGCUGGCAAACUUUCACUUUGUGGAGAGGAGAGCUUCGGCACAGGCUCAGAUCAUAUCCGUGAGAAGGAUGGCUUGUGGGCGGUGCUUGCAUGGUUGUCAAUCUUAGCCACCAGGAAACAGAGCGUGGAAGAGAUCAUGAAGGAUCACUGGCAGAAGUUUGGCAGGAAUUUUUUCACCAGGUAUGACUAUGAGGAGGUCGACUCAGAUGCUGCCAACAAGAUGGUCAAGGAUCUGGAGACAGCAAUGUUCGACCCAUCCUUCGUAGGAAAGAAGUUCUCAUCGGGUGACAAGACUUAUGAGGUGGCUGUCUCUGACAACUUUGCCUACACAGACCCUGUGGACGGAAGUGUGUCCAAAAACCAGGGCCUCAGGAUCAUCUUCUCUGAUGGUUCCAGGAUUAUUUUCCGUCUCAGCGGUACAGGCAGCGCGGGAGCAACCAUCAGGCUCUACAUAGACAGCUAUGAGAAGGACCCCCAGAAGAUUUACCAGGAUCCACAGGUGAUGCUGGCCCCCCUGGUAGACAUCGCCCUGAAGAUCUCUCAGCUCCACGAGAGGACUGGACGCACUGGUCCCACUGUGAUCACAUGAUUCCCCUGCCACACUGCUUCCACUCACCCUCAGCAACAGGAUACCUCCGCUCUCUCGGGGGUGACGCUGACCUUAAAUGCUGUCUUGGCUUCAGUUCCUGGCCCUCUUAGAAACAGAGCUGGAUGAAAAACUGAAACUCUCCAUGCAAGUUGAAUACAAGAAAAUACAUGAGGAGCUCUUGAUUUAUCAUAAAUUGAAAGUUAUCCACUCCCAUUGUUAAGUGUUUAGUCUAUAGUGAGUGUGGCAUAUUUUCUUAAUGUGAUUUAAGGAAAACUAAAUUUAAAGAUUCAAAAGUGGACUGAAAAACUUAAAUGGAGUGUGCCUCAUGUCAUUUCUGGAAUCGUGUUUAACUAUGUUAUGUCCAGAUUUGUUCCUGAACUAUAUCAUUAAAUGGAGAAACUGGCCAAACUGACUAUAAAUCAGCAAUUUUGGGCAACCUCACCCCUCUCCCUCCACUUUUCCCUUACUGACCUGGUGCCUUCCCCUCCCUCUGUUCUCUAAAAUCACCAAAAUAGCCUCGAUGUGAACCAUGACCCCCAGCUAAAGCCUUGAGAACCAACACCAUUAAUAAAAUAACCUUACAUAAAA